AUGGACGAUUCGAUGGCUGAACAGGGAGAUCUUCCCUUCUGUGACUAUACUCCACCACUCUUGUUUUCACAACUGGCCCAAGAGCCACCACCUCAGCAGCAACAGCAGCAGCUUCAGCGAGCGGGUGACCAGGGUCAUGAAUUGUCUUCGGACACAAAUUUUCCGGUUCCUGAGUUUACUCGACCCUCUCUGCCGCAAAUGCUUCGACAGCGGCCUUCGAGAGAUUUUCUGGAUCCCGACAUUCAUGAGUAUGCUCAAUCCGCAAUCUCCAGGUCCGAGCAGGCGGAACGUCAAAAUCCUCCACGACUCCAUCAACAGCGUGAGGAACCCCCCCAGCCACCUUCCAAGAAGCCGCGGCUGCGGUCCAAAAGAAGUCUUUCACUGUCUGAUGUGCUAUCACAGCAGAAUAAGCAGCAGUCUGAAGAGAUGUCUCCUCAAGGCUUGCUACCCCGGCCCAAGUCCGUCGUAGAAUCUCGAACCCGUGGAUCCACGUCUCUCAAACUCAAGCAAGCAGUCCAGAGAGUCCGCUCCAAGAAAGAGAGCAAACCGCGUCCGGGACUCCCUCAAACGGCCGCCCAGCUCGAGAACUCAUGGGCGAGGAUGUACGUUGAAAAUGCCGAACUCAAGCGCUUACUUAAGAAGAAGGAAUCCGCCAUCAAGAAGAAAGAAUCCCAAGUCCAGAACAACGAAGCCCUCCUCGAAGAAGCCACUGACACCGUGGCCCACCUCCAACACGAAAACAUGCAGCUACAUCGCCGCACCGCCCGGACCACUCCGCAGCUCCGAGACCUCGAAGGCGCCCUCAGCGAUAACAUGUCGCAGUUCUCUCUGAUGCAGGAAGAAAUCGACGACGAAUCCGCGCGCAACACCGACCUCAUUCAAAGCAAAUGA